CGAAGCUAGAUGUCAAAGUUCGUUCGUAAUAAUGUUACAUCUACAUAAAAUCAAGGACUUGUUGGAGGAGCUGCAAAAGCAGGAGAAGGACCUUCAACAGCUGACUCCCGAGCAGCGUUUCGCCACUCCAGCACAGCGACUAGUCCAACUGGAAUCGAGCACUUUCCGGAUGCAUCUGUACAACAGCAGGCGCGAAGAGAUGCUCUCCAGUUUGGAGGAAGAGAUAUCGAGAUAUGAGUCCUCCACUCCGCUCGUGGAUCGCAUUGCCCAGAUGCUCGGCCAGGUGAAUGCGGUCAACGAGGCACUGGACUACAUGUACGAAAUCAACGUCUGCUCCAUCUGCGAACUGAAAUGUGAGCCACACGGCAGGCAUGUCCUGGUGUCCCUGCCCUGUGGCCACCUCUUCGGGCGCAACUGCAUCCACAAGGUGCUGCGGGAGAGCUAUCGAUGCCCCAGCUGCUCGCGGGGAGCCCUGCACCACCAUGUCCGCAGGAUCUACGGCUUGAGCUUUUAUCCUUUUUAGCCGCGUUGUAUUUUACAUAUCCAGUUACUACCAAUUAAGGUAUAUUUACAUAAUAAAUGUGAGAACAA